AUGGCUGUGAUAACAUUGUUUCUUAUCACGAUGGGAAAAUAUGAAGAUGGUAACUGGAGUGCGGAUCAAGGGUACCUGUACAUAACGCUUGUGUACAACAUAUCCAUAUCUCUUGCUUUAUACGGUCUGUUUCUUUUCUACACUGCAACACGUGAACUUCUCAGUCCAUACAGUCCAGUUCUGAAGUUUCUAACAGUCAAAAGCGUAAUCUUCUUGUCCUUUUGGCAAGGAUUUUUUAUUGCAAUUCUGGGUGCUACGUCAGCCAUUGAUCCUGUAGUGGACGCAAAUGGUCAGGAGAUCAUAGGCAAAGGUCAGGGUCGAUUCACUUUCUUCUCCCACGGCACCGAAAGAUCUUCAAAAAAGUGGCCUUCUAUGACAGGAUGUGCUGUAACUGCCACAUUUGUUUACGUUUCGUUUUUUUUUCAAAUCAAAUGA